ACGUUGACCAAGCCCGGAACGGAACCCGCGCUCUUCUCGUUCUGCUGCUCGUCCAACAAAAAUGGAGGUCCAAGUCGCAGAACCAACGACGCCGGCAUUGCUGCCCAUGGCACAGACGGCGCCCAUCGCCAUUGCCAACCAGUCGUCGGCACGAAGCUCGAUGGGCCGGUCGACCAGUGGCUCGUCCGUCGAUGCUCCAGAGGGAACUGCUUCGUCCUCGGACGUUGGCUCGCCUGUGGCCUCGGCAGCGACGGGAGCGACACCGUACAUGCGUCACAUUUCGUCGGAAGACACGAGCAGCGACACGGAUGAUCGGCGAGGAGACCGCACGCACUCCUCUGCUGCUAAUGCUGCUGCUUCUGCAUCCUCACCGCUAUCGACAAGCACACCAUUGCAGUCGCCCUCAUCAGCAUCGUCUGCUGCUCUGUCGUCGCCAGUUCCCGUUGUCACCUCAGACCCAGUCGACUUUAACGAAAAAAUUGUCAAGGAAGGGUACCUGAAAAAGUACACGACCAAAGUCCAGGGCUGGAAGCGUCGCUACUACACGCUGCGAGGCUCGACGCUCUUUGUCUCGCAGGCACAAUCCGAGGCCGUGUACGACCGCGUCGAGCUGAUUGCAAAUGUCAGCGUUGCCGAGUCGUCGAGCAAGAACAAGGGCCACUCGUUCAAAAUCAUCACAGAGACGCGCAAAAUCACCCUCCUGGCUGAAAGCCGCAAAGAAAUGGAGGAUUGGAUUCGAGCGCUCAAAGGCGCGCGCAUCACGGCCUAUUCGAUCGUUGGCGCGCAAGACCACAACUGGUACUUGGCCACCUACAAGCGUCUGACGUUUUGCAAUGUCUGCGGCGAUGCCAUUCACGGCGUCACCAAGCAAGGGCUGUCCUGCGAAGUGUGCAAAUUUUCCGUGCACUCCCGCUGCGCUGCCGCCGCUCCCGUGCAAUGUAAAUGGACGACCGCGUUCAGCAUGAAUUCUUCCGCCCCGUCGAGCGAUUCUUUGACAAUGCCCCAUCAAUGGAUUAUGGGCAAUCUCCCCGGAAGCUCGCGGUGCGCAGUGUGCGAGAAGGGCUGCGGCAGCUCCAAGCGAUUAGCCGACUACCGGUGCCUGUGGUGCCAGCAAACGGUGCACUCUGGCUGUCUUAGCACUGCAGUGGUCGAGUGCACCCUCGGUCGCCACCGCACCUCAAUGUUGCCGCCCAACGCGAUCACGCUGACCACGACCGCAGACGGCGAAAAGCAAUGGAAGGCCGUCAAGCCACCAGGCUCGUGCCCACUGGCAGUGUUUGUCAACACAAAGAGCGGCGGCAACCAGGGCGUUCGGGUGAUGCGGCGGUUCAAGCGCUUGCUCAACCCGGCCCAGAUUUUCGACCUGGGCAAAGGCGGUCCCAUUCCCGGCCUCAUGUUCUUCCGCCAGCUCGACACGUUCCGCGUUUUGAUUUGUGGUGGAGACGGCAGCAUCGGUUGGGUGCUUGCCGAAAUGGACAAGCUCAACAUUCGCGUGCAGGUGGGCGUUUUGCCCAUCGGCACUGGCAACGACCUGGCGCGUGUUCUGGGCUGGGGAGCCAGUCUCGAUGACGACUCUGAUCUUGCCAACCUCAUCGACGAGUACGAGCGCUCGCACGUGACCAUGCUGGAUCGCUGGAGCAUUCAGGUCAAAAAGAAGCGCACUCGCAAGUCGCUGACCCGCAAGCGCUCGUCCAAGAAGAAGCGCCCCGACGCUCGGGAAGUGCUGGAGCUCGGCGGCGCAAGCGGCGCUGUUGGUAGCCACAGCGAGCGUGAACGCUCGGAUUCUCCCGAUUCGUCCUCGGGUCCGUUUGCGUCCUCUUCAGCAGAGGCACUCGCAGCGUCCGACAACGAGGCUCGCGCGGCCGAUCUCGAGUACCAGGUCGCGCAAGCUGCAGCUGGCUCGGCGGCCGUUUCGAUCGAGCACGUUGCGACUGUCGUCAAGGACGCGUCUGAAAUCCGCGUCGUUGGCAGCGGAACCAGCGGGCUGGAAGAAAGCGACACGGAUGGACUCUCCGACGGAGCUCAGCCCGCAACUCCCCCGACAGUGGAUGACGACUUGAGCCGUCUGCAAAAGACCAUUGCCGUGGCUCUGUCCAACCUGCUCAUCCCCGGCGAUGAAAGCAGCGUGGUGAGCGCGACCGACGAGCUUCGUCGCGCCAUCAACGUCCUUCUUGGUCGCGCAUUGAGUCUGGGCACCCGCACGAGUGACGACGAUGACGACGAUGAAAACGCGUCUGGCGAGCGUCUGCCUGCCGGCAGCGACAGCGAGGACGAGGACGAUGAUGAGCUUCCGCUCAUGUGCACUCAACUCAACGACAUGGUGACCGAGCUGCUGUCCAAGGUCAACAGCAACGGCGAGAGCGUGGCAUUGUCGUCCGCUUCUUCCCAGCCCUCGCAAGCCAGCAGCUCUGCAUCAGCAGCAGCAUCAGCAUCAUCAGCAUCAUCAUCAUCAUCAACAGCAACAGCGGGGUCUUCCUCGGCCGCCGAUGACGUGCAGCGACCGUCCAGCCCGGUGGACAGCUCCAACGCCGCGCUGCUAUCUGCGCGCUCCAUCAAAAAGCUGGUGGAGGAAAUCACCUUGCGAAUCCGCCAAACUGAAACGGCGCAAUCUGCGCUGCGUCAGGCCUUGCGCAAGGGGGCUCGUCGCGGUACCAUUCAGCGCAUCAAGGCUGCAUUCAAGCCCAAGACAAUCCAGCGGUCGCGCUCGCAGCGCGAUCUGCAGGAGGUUGCAGUGAUGAACAAUUACUUUGGCAUUGGUCUUGACGCCAAGAUUGGUCUGGCCUUCCACAACAAGCGCGAAGAGCAUCCCGAAAAGUUCCGCAGCCGCAUCAAGAACAUGAUGUGGUAUGGCGUUCUCAGUGGCAUGGAGUUUGUGCACCAAUCAUGUCGUGAUUUGCACACCAAGCUGGAACUCGAAUGCGACGGCAAAGUCAUCACUCUGCCAAAGCUCCAGGGUAUUGUGGUGCUCAACAUUCCGAGCUACAUGGGCGGAACCAACUUUUGGGGCAUCAAGAUGGAAGACGCCUUCAGCCCCCCGGCUUGCGACGAUCGCAUCCUGGAGGUUGUGGCCGUGUUUGGCAUGACGCAAAUGGCAGCGUCCAAAGUGUUCCCAGUCAUCCGUCCGUAUCGCAUUGCGCAGUGCCGCAGCAUUAAGAUUUCUUUCAAGUCGGACGAGCCCAUUCCCAUUCAAGUGGACGGCGAAGCGUGGCUGCAAGCGCCGGGCGUGAUCAAAAUCACGCACAAGACGCGCACCCAAAUGCUUUCCCGAGACAAGGCCUUCUUGAACAUGUUGCGCUCGUGGGAGGAAAAGCAAGCUGUCAAGACGCAGCUGCGUCGGCAAAAGCAUUCCAACCCCGACAUUUCCGCGGCCAUCAUGACGGCAGACGAGCGAUCCUUGCUCAUGCCCCUGGCGCACGCCACGCUAGCCCUCAUCGCACAGCUGCGCGCUGCCUCCGGAGAAGCUGCUGCAAUUGAGCAAACAGUGCUGCCGCUCGCCAUUGCCGUCGAGGCUGCGUACGAACGGCUUACGGGAAGCGGUGCUGCUGCUGCUGCCUCUUCCAGUUCCAUUGGCAGUGCGAGCGCGACCGUCGGCACGUCAUCGCCGCUGCCACAGCCCCCGGCUGCUGUUGCUGCUCUCUCAGCGCCGACGCUUUCAUCUUCUGUGGCCACUGUGAUGGGCAAGAGCCCCACUUUGACAAGAACGACUGCUGCCGCCGCUGCCGCUGCCGCCUCGACCGCCGCGUCCGCAUCCCCUGUCACUGCUUCGUCCAGCCCCGUCAUGACAUCACCGCUUGGCUUGCAACCCCAACAGCAGGCCUUCCUUCGGCGGUACAUGAUGGACUUUACCAAGCAUGCCAAAACGCUGCUGCAGGAAGUGCGCUGGAUGUUUGACAUGGGCGCAGGCGCCACCAUCCAAGAAGCAUCACGCGAUGCGCUCUUGGCUGCGCUGAAGACCACGGAGGUCGAGAUGAAGCGUGUGAUGGACAUGCAGAGUGUGGCAUCGCCCUUGACAUCUCCCGACUCUGCAUCAGCUGCCGAUGUGUCUCCCAGUGGCUCGUUGCUCGCCCUCAAUCUCAGCUCGAGCAGCCCCGCCGCCUCUGGCAGCACGCCUCGCUCCCCGCUCCAGCGCUCAAACAGCGAUGAAGCCUCUGUGCUCAAUGCCCGCGCUCACAUUCUCGGCGAGCCUAUUGUUGAUUCAUCGUCCGGUCAGGUUGGCAACACUAGUCCGAAGACCAAGCGAUCGUCCUUCGCCGGCAUUAGAAAGCGCAAAGUUUCCAAGUCCCUCGAUACCGGAGAGUCAUUGACACCUGCUCUUGCGACGAGUGCAACCAGCACUGAAUCUGGCAGUGUUCCCGCAGGCGGUGCUCCCGCGCCCGUCGUCGUUGUGUCCCCGAGCAUGCCGGAAGCUGAGCGACAAGAGAACGCGGCUGCUGUGGCUGCUGCCCCACCGACUAGCACAUUGCCCGCGUCUGCACUGCUGAGCGCCAGCGCGUCGGACGUCAGCUCAUCGUCAGCAGCGGCAGCUGGUUCCGUCCCGGUGAAAUCCUCGGGAUCGCUUCCCGGGUCGCCCUCGUCGCCGCGUGCCCUUGGGUUUGCCGUGCUUCAGUCUCGCACCGAAAGCGAAAUUCGCAUGCACCGAGCGCUCACAACAGACCAGCAAGACCCACGCGCCUGGUCGACCGAGACCAUUGGUUCCUGGCUCCACGCGCUAGAGCUCGACGAGUACAUUCCCGCCUUCGCUGGCAACGCCAUCACUGGCGUGGAACUCUUGCUCCUCAACCGCGAAGAUCUUGCUGAAUUGGGCGUUGAGAAGCUUGGGCACAUUAAGCGUCUUCUCAAAGGCAUCCAAGAUCUUGCUCUCGUCUCUGCCAUGCAGACAGUGGUUUGAUCGCUUUCAGUCGUGAGGCUUCUGGGGCUUUCUUUUUCUGCGAUGCAUUCGAUUCUCAAUCCCCUCUUGAUUUGAUAAUAUUCGUUUCCCUUGUUGUUUGGUUUUUGUUGGUUUUAAUAGUUUUUGAUUGUUGUGGUUUGUUCAUUCGCGCUGCUGCUGUCGUCAAUCUACAAAACACGUUUUGCUCCAA